UGUGGCGCUAGACUCGACUGCCCACCCAACCUAACUUUUUUAUGUUUACUAAAUAAUCAUAAAUCCGUUUCACUGUCAAGGAUUUAGGGCAGAUACAAUUCAGUAUUCCGCUACGUUUUGCUAAGCCUCAAAGAUGACCAGUCGCGCAUUGCCUCAGAGCAAAGAAGCCCUACUGAAGUCUUAUCGCACGCGACUAAAGGACGACGUAAAAAGCAUGUUGGAGAACUUUGAAGAGAUCAUCAAGGUGGCCAAAGGGGAGCACGACACCCAACUGUCCAGGCUCACUCAAUGCGAGCAGGACACCUACGAGAUGCACGUGAGAUCGGCGAAUAUAGUCCGAGCAGGCGAAUCUCUGAUGAAGCUGGUUUCCGAUAUUAAGCAGUAUCUGAUUCUAAACGAUUUCCCGUCAGUCAACGAGGCUAUCACUCAGAACUCCAAGCUGUUCAGGACCAAGCAAGCGGAGUGCGACCAGAAACUCAUGUCCCUGCGGGACGACAUGGCGGCCGAUUUAUACGACUUAGAAGAAGAAUAUUAUCAGAGCAUUAAUAAAUAAUUUUCCGUU